UUGGCAAUAAACCUCAUCAUCUCUUCUGUUGUGGGAUGACAACAUUGUUUGCUUGUACCUGGAGCCUGUAAAUAAUGUUAGCUUUGUAUUCACAGCAAUCGCACUGGGCAGGUUACCUGAACAAUAUGACGGGUUACAAUUACAAGUUACUCCAUUCAAAAAUUAAUAGCUGUGUAUGAGUAUUUCAACAACACACUACAUGUCUCAAUAAUCAGCUGCAACUUAACAUUGCCUUUUUAUAAAAAUGAUGUGACAAAGUUCUGUAUUUUUCAGCUUGUCCUGGAAAAACAAAAACUUGUCGCAAUGGAACUUCAUCUUUCAGAAAACAAAUACUGUAAUCUGGCUCAGGUCAUCAGUGAAGACAGAAUCCAACCAGGGGGAAUCAAAAAUCCAAAUCAUAUAGUCCAACAUGACUACACAGCUCUGUUCCCGGGUAUUGAAUGCUACAAAUACAACAACAUCAGGCCUCCACACACCUAUGCUUACCUGAUAAGAUGGUCUAUCUUGGAGUCUCCAGACAAACAGAGGACUCUGAGUGAGAUUUACAACUGGUUUACUACCAUGUUCUUCUACUUCAGACACAACACAGCUACAUGGAAGAAUGCAAUACGUCACAAUCUCAGCCUUCACAAGUGUUUCAUACGAGCAGAAGGAGAAAAAGGAGCUGUCUGGACAGUGGAUGAAGCAGAGUACCAGAGAAGGAAGGGACAAAAAUAUCACCGGGUCAUGGGCGAACUGGUGCCUAUCUCCAGCGGUCGACAGAUGAGAGGCGGGUUACACCCUGAACAGGUCGCCAGUCCAUCGCAGGGCAACGCAGAGAAACACAGGACAACCAUGCACACACCCAUUCACACCUAA